UAGUACUCUGUUUGUCGUGUGACGGAAAACCUUGUUCCUUAAAACGUUAAACGCCAUUUAAACUUCAAACGAUAAGCGCUAAGAUAUGAACAUUACAUCUGCGCGUGCGUGAAUGAUUUGUGUAUUCUGAACAAUUUGACAAGAGGAUACUUUCGUUGAAUAGUGAGAGUAAUUUUACGUUUUAAAAUGUCAAUUCUACCACUGUGGCCGAACUUGCAGCCCAGGGCAACGGAUCCUCUAUGGUUCAAUGCCGACAGACCUUGCGACGACGAGAGCGAGGUAGCUGCACUCGAAACGGAACAUCAAGCAUGGAGGGAACACGUUCGAGCACAAGGUUAUGAUCAUAUACCAAUCGGGAAAACAGUCACUGACUUCAGAGGAUCCGAAGAAGAAGAAGAGGAAGAGGAGGAAGAAGAAGGCGAAGGAGAAGAAGAAGAGGAAUCAGAUACCCACGAAGAUGAAGAAGAAGAAUUAGAUGAAAUUGAUAUGGAAGUGAGUUACGCACAUCAACAACAAACAUCCAGUCCAACAGACACAGUGACGGACCCUGUGUCGAUUAGAAUGGUCAGCAAUCAUACUGGUCGUUAUACUUAAUUAAAGUAUUCUGUGGUUAAUUCUUAAGAAAUGAUAGUGAGAUAUACGUAUUAAAAGAAAUUAAGGAUAAGGCAGAAUAAAGAAUCGUACCAUUCUUUCA